GUUUGUGCGGGCGCGCAGCAGCGCGGGCGGGAGGCGGCGCCGCGGCUCCGCCAUGUCCACCCCGGCGCGCCGCCGCCUGAUGCGCGACUUCAAGAGAUUGCAAGAGGACCCUCCUGUGGGUGUCAGUGGUGCACCAUCUGAGAAUAACAUAAUGCAAUGGAAUGCAGUUAUAUUUGGGCCAGAAGGGACACCUUUUGAAGAUGGUACUUUUAAACUAGUAAUAGAAUUUUCUGAAGAAUAUCCAAAUAAGCCUCCAACUGUUAGGUUUUUAUCAAAAAUGUUCCAUCCAAAUGUGUAUGCAGAUGGCAGCAUAUGUUUAGAUAUUCUUCAGAAUCGCUGGAGUCCAACAUAUGAUGUUUCAUCUAUUUUAACUUCAAUUCAGUCUCUGCUUGAUGAACCCAAUCCAAACAGUCCAGCAAACAGUCAGGCAGCACAACUUUACCAGGAGAACAAACGUGAAUAUGAGAAAAGAGUUUCAGCUAUUGUCGAACAAAGUUGGAAUGAUUCAUAACAGCUGCUGUGUUACUCUCCAUCCUCAUAAUCAUUAUGUACAAUUUAACUCUCAAUAGAAAGGCUACCAGAAAUUUCAAGUGCCACAGUUCUAUGAAUUUGCAUAAAAACUCAUUUGCAAACAAAAUUAAGCCCUCCAGUUUAGGGGAAGCUAAAAGCUUGUGUAUCUCAAUUAACGUCCUUUUUAUUGCAUGGUAAGAACUAAGUUAUUGCUACAUAAAUUUGUAAUAUAUCCUGUUUGUAUUUUUUUUCCAAGUGUAUAAUGUUGGUGUGGAGUUUUCAUGACAGAAUAUACACAUUUUGUAAAUCUGUACUUUUUCAAAUAUUGAAUGCCUUAUUUUUGAAUUCUUUAGAUUUUUAAAUUGGAGAAAAGCACUUAAAAAAAGUUUUUAUAUAUGACUAUUUCAUGUAAAACUGUUAAAUACAUAACCUUAGUGCAAGACAUUCUGCUCUUACUCUUAUCUUUUUCCAAGGGCUCAUUUUUUUUGUCCAUGCUGUUGAUAACCCUGCACUUUACAAACAGAAAAGUUAAUCCACAAUGCAGCUGUCUUCAUGGCAUGACUUUGCUUCUGCACCACAGCUUGACUUGACUCUGUGUGUCCUCAGUUGUAUGAGGAAGAGACAUUUUGGUAGCUGCCAAUUACAAAUGGGGAAACAGAUAAAACUAUUUUGCUAAAAGUCCCACCUUAAACCAACAGCAGAGUUGCAAACAUAACCUGGGUGACCAGGCUUGAUGAGAACAUAUUCUAAUAAGUUUUAUUUUUCUGAAAUAUUGUAUUUUACAAACCUGGAAAAUGUCAUCUAAAUCUGCCCUAUAUUCACAUAGUGAUACUGUAAUAUAGUUUUGAAUAUCUUCUAAUAAUUAAAGAGGUUUCCCAUGAGUUUCCCUUGGGGGUAGGGAAAAAUUAAUCACCAACAAAAGAAAACAUGUCUGCAGAUUUAAUGGAGUUAUUCUUUAAAGCUGGACUGUGUACUGUGUGGUCAGGUCUCAUGUCUGUAUCACAGAGGCUCCACAUAUUUUUAAAUUGACAGUUUAAGGAACUUUGGCUUUGUUUUUGUGUUGAUGUGGUAAUUUCUUACUGUAUUCUGUAAACCAGGCUAGCUGACUGCAGUAAAGAAUUAAGCCAUGUUUUUUCUUCCAGCA